AUGGCGGACAUCGGUCCUCCACCCCCUGCACCGGCGCCACCGCACCGGCCCCCGCUGACCCGUGGGGAGGGGUGGGCUCGCCCGCCUUCACCGUCGCCUGAGCGGGUGGCCGAGCGGUUGCGGGCCUCAGAGACGCAGCAACCGCUCCGCCCCCUCCGCUACUGCCCACGCCAUGGGUGGGGGCCGUGCCCAGCCCGGACGCCGGCCGCUCCUCCUGAACCGCCGCCACCUGCAUCUGGAUCGGGUGACCCCACCGCCGGCGACGACAUCCCACAGCGACCCCCGACGCGCCCUUCCGACGAAGCCGAGCCCUCGGGAACAUCCUCUCCGCCGCCCUUGCUCAGCCCCAGCGGCAACCGCAUGGUCCGCCGCUUGGCGCACCAUCUCUCCCCCCGCCCUCGCCAGCCGGGCUCGUGGGCCACGACAGCACAUCCACCCGUGGUGGAUGCCGGUCGCGAGCGCUCGCGCUCACCUCCUCGUCGCCGCCUCUGA